AUGAAGUGCCUUUCCGAUUCCUCGGCUAGUCGUGAUCCCCGGGCCCCUCCUCUCGCUUCUGGCGGUGGCAGCUCCAGCGGGCCAGCCAAAAAGCUGCAACGAACCUCAAGCUCAAGCCAGGCUGAGGCAUCCUCGUCCUCAGAGCCUCCACCACAGCAGUCAGGGGACACGAGAGAGUUGCUGGAUCUGGGGGAGGACGUGAUGUUCGAGGUGCUACAGUGGGCGGAGGCACGGACACUGGCCGCCACGGCGUGCGUGAGCCAGGGCUGGCGGGUCCUUGUGCAGGAUGAGCGGCUGUGGGAGGCGCCGUGCGUGAGGGGGUGGACCGACCUCGGCUUCUCGGAACAGCUGCUCCGCACCAUCGUGCUCUCGUUUGGCGGCUUCCGCCACCUGCAUCGACAUCAUCCUGCCGCCAUGGAAGAGGGGGUUUCCAUGGGUGGAUGA